GAUGUGGCUGUUUAAAUUUAUAGCAGGAGUAUUAUCAUCUUUUAUUACAUAUGCAGGUCCUCUUAACUUUGAGAAUAUUCUAAUGGCGGAUUUAUUCAAGGAUUAUAAUAGAGAUGCUAGACCUAUUGCGAACGUUUCACAGCCAGUUGAAGUGUCGGUAGCAUUCUAUCUCACAAAAAUUCUCAAUUUGGAUGAAAAAAAUCAAGUUUUGACAACGUUUGGAUGGCUGGAAGUACACUGGAAAGACGAAUUCUUGACAUGGAACUCUUCGGAUUACGGCGGCCUUAUGAGGAUUAUAGUUCCUCCAAGAGUAAUAUGGUUACCAGAUUUUGGUUUAGAAAACAGCGCUGAAACUAUCUAUGACGAACAAGCAGACAAAAAAUUUCGGGCAGGAAUUGAUUUUGAUGGUGGAGUUCAAUGGGUUCCGGGAGGAAAAUUCGUAACUUCCUGUGAAUUAGAUAUCACCCUUUAUCCCUUCGACAGUCAGAAAUGUGAAAUGGAUUUCGUUGACUGGACUUAUGAUGGAAGAUUUGUUUCAUUGACAAAUGGUACUUCUUCCGUGAGUUUAGGUGUGUAUAAAAAGCACGGAGAAUGGGAUAUCCUAAAAACUGAGGCAAAAUCGACAAAGCAAUAUUUUGAUUCUGACCCUGGAAUACCUUUUCCUACUGUUAAAUUCAUCCUUCACUUAAGAAGAAAACCAAAGUUUUAUAUGAUCAAUGUUGUUGCCCCUUGCCUUCUUAUGUCUAUUCUAGCUUUGCUGGUUUUUUAUUUACCACCGGAUAGUGGUGAAAAGGUUUCUCUGGGAAUAACAGUACUUCUAAGCUUCAGUGUUUUUCUUCUUCUGAUAGCAGAGAAUGUUCCAAAAACUUCUGACUAUGUGCCUUUAAUUGGUGUUUAUCUUACAAUGGUUAUGGUAAUGACAGCACUAUCAAUAGUAAUAAGCGUCGUCAUUCUUGACUUGCAUCAUCACGAACCCAAUAGACCCGUUCCUAGCUGGUUAAGAAGAAUAGUUUUUGGAAUGCUAUCGAGGCUGAUGUUUAUUGAAACUCCAUAUAAAAACGAGCCCACAUCGUCGUUUUUUAGGCAAAAAGUAAAAAAUGGAUCAAAAAAGGCUAUUAAAAUAGAAAUAGAGGAAGACCGUAUGUUGACAGACAUGAAUCUUCAAAGAAAUAGUUCCUAUACAGAUGAUUGUUUAGAAGUUUCUGCUCUUCAAAAGAAGAAGCAUUAUGUAUUUGAUGAAAUUUUGCUUCACCUGAGAGAGAUAACCGCAAAGAUGAAAAAAAACAUAAGGCGGGAGCAACUAAACGAAGAAUGGAAAAUGGUUGCAAAAGUUAUUGACAGAUUUCUACUUUUAAUAUUUCUUCUUGCCAUAAUUGGCUUGACAUUAUCUAUAUUGUAUAUAUAUCCCAAAUUAAAUCAUGCAUUUGAUAAUCCCAAAUGA